CGAGGCCUUUUAUAAAAGAGCAAAAAAACCCACCGGCAGAAAUGAAAAACUUACGCGAGGAUUACUGAAGACAAAAGCCCUCAAAAUCUGUUGAGAAACCCUACAACCUCAAAUAACAAAAAUCCAUCAAAGGGAAGGCUCGCUCUGUGCUUAUUUUCUUCUUCUUCUCCUUCUUCUCCUUCUUCUCGAACUCUUUGGUGACCCAACUCAAACUACAUAAAAAAAGUGCUUUGGUUGCUUUGGUUAUAGUGUGGGUUGUUAUUUGUUAAGAGUAAAUUAUAGAGAGAGAUAGUUGAAGUGAAGAGAAAAGAAAGAAAGAUAGAAAAUGGAGCAAGUGGUGGCAGAAGAAGAGUUGACGCUGGUCACAAGAAAGCCUUACUUUGAUCUCCCAACGGCUUGCCCUCUUUGUUUGCCCGUUUUCAUUUAUCUCAAGCUUGCCCACUUUCCCUUUCGUUUGGAUUUCAACUCUAUCUUCCCUGAUUCAGACCAAAUUCCUUAUGUUGAAUCUGGUGCUUAUGUUGCCCACAAUAAUGAGAAUGGUGGGGUUAUUGAGUGUUUAAAGCAAGAUGGUAUUGUUGAUCUGGACUCUGAGUUCCAAUCUGUCCCUGAUUGGAUAUCAACAAAAGCAAUGAUUAGCUCUUGGCUAGCUGAUGCAAUCAUGUAUGAACUAUGGGUGGGGUCUGAUGGAAGAUCCGCCUGCAAGAUUUAUUAUUCUGAUCUACCGUGGCCAAUAGGAAAAGUUCUAUUCCUAAAGCAAGUAUAUAUUGUAAAACAGCGUCUUGGAAUAACUAAAGACAAUGCCAAACAGAGAGAAGAUGAGAUUUACAAGAGAGCAAAAAUUGCUUAUGGUGCUCUGUCUACUAGGUUAGGAGAACAGAACUUCCUCUUUGAUGAUAGGCCAUCAAGUUUGGAUGCAGCCUUUCUUGGACAUGCUCUUGUCACCCUUCAUGCAUUACCUGAAACUUCAGUGCUUCGAAGCAAGCUCUUGGAGCAUGAUAAUAUUGUCAGAUGUGCCGAAAAGCUUCAAAUGGAGUUGAUUGAGUCUGGUUCAUCAUCUUCUGGCCCACAAUUUCGCUCGGUCCCUUCAUCAUCAGCUCCAAGAAAAGGUGCCUCAAAUUGGAGUUCAAAGCCAAGGAGCAAGCCCAAGAGGGAGAAAACAGAGGAGGAGAAAAUUUUCAAGAGGAGGGCAAAAUAUUUUUUAGCAGCUCAGCUAGUCGCAGUUCUACUUUUUCUCUCUGUAAUGGGUGGAAAUGAUUCUGCUGGCCUGGAGCUUGACGAUGAUGUGAUGCUGAUGCUGAUGAGGGCUUUGCUUUUGAUUGAGACAAUCUCUCUUUUACCUACAGACUUGGGUCCUCAUUACUAACAUUUUCCCAUGAUUAUUGACAAGGCUAGUAAUCUGUUGAGGUUGAACUUGUAACAUUGCAUUGUCUUUGUGGAAAAUAAGUAUGAAUUUACAAUAGGUGGCAUAUUUUGGUCGGGUUGGAAUCUUUGUACGUUGAUGUGUUGUAUUUUUUGCUUCAGGAUAAAAGCGGGGGUAUAAGUACGAUUAUGUAUUAGAGGGUUCAGGAGUUGACUUGUUUAUAGACUAUAUAAACAUCAGUGGUGCAAUUUUGCUUUUGAUUCUGGUUGGUUAUUUUUAAGCUAAGCACUUUUAUCAUAUGUUGCAUCAUCUGUGGU